AUGUACAGCUUCCAUUUGUCUGCUACAGAGACUCAGCUGCAGGAGGAUUCGAGUAUCAAAAUAGGGUACAACUAUGGACGUUGGGCAUGGAUCGGUUUGUACAGAGAUCCUCAGAUUUACCCGUCCGACGGGAGUCACUUCUCUUUCAGCUCCUGGUUCCCUGGUUUCAACCCACUUGGCUCGAUGGAAGUCAUCCCCGUGCAGGCUCUGGUGCAGUUCGUGGAAGCUCUGGAGAACGGCUACAGCAAACACAAGAACCCGUACCACAACCUGAUCCACGCCGCUGAUGUCACUCAGACCGCCCACUUCCUGAUGAUGCACACUGGACUGAUGCACUGGCUCAGUGAGCUGGAGAUCCUUGCGAUGGUUUUCGCUGCAGCGAUUCACGACUUUGAACACACAGGAACCACCAACAACUUUCACAUCCACGCCAGGUCGGAGGUGGCGAUUUUUUACAACGACAGGUCUGUUCUGGAGAACCAUCACAUCAGCGCCGCCUACAGGCUGAUGGCAGAAGAGGACAUGAACAUCCUGAUCAACCUGAACAAGGACGACUGGAGGGAGCUGAGGUCUCUGGUCAUAGAGAUGGUGAUGUCCACAGACAUGUCCUGUCACUUCCAGCAGAUCAAGACCAUGAGGAACACCUUGAGCCAGACUGACAGCAUCGACAAAGUGAAGGUUUUGUCUCUGAUGCUUCACGCUGCCGACAUCAGUCAUCCGGCCAAAGCCUGGCCGCUGCACCACCGCUGGACCCACAGUCUGAUGGAGGAGUUCUUUCAACAGGGAGAUAAAGAGGUGGAUCUGGGUCUGCCCUUCUCUCCUCUCUGUGACCGGAAGGCCACCAUGAUCGCCCAAUCACAGAUCGGUUUCAUUGAUUUCAUUGUGGACCCGACCUUCACUGUUCUGAUCGACACGACCGAGAAGGUGAUUGGACCUUUGAUAGAAGAGGAUAGGAAGGCCAGACAGAGUGGGAACAGGAGGUCCAGUCUCACAGGAAGUGGCUCCGUUACCGUGGAGUCGGUGCAGAGACACAGCAGCAAUCGCCAUGGAAACAAUGAUGAUGGACAGAUGGACUUUUCUCUGACCGCAAUUGACCUUCAGGUUCUGAGGCUCCACCUCUCGGGCGUCAUCGCCAGCAACAAGGACCGCUGGAAAGAGCUGUCUGUGCACGAACUGGCCAAUAGGGAGAAAGAGAAACAAGAGGAGGCGGAGUCUAACAUCGGCUCAGAGGUCCAGUCUGAAGCCUCACCCAACCACAGCCCUCCUGACGAACACACCGCCGACCAAUCACAGGACUCGCCAGGUGAAACACAUGACGACCAAUCAGCCGACCAGAUGCCUGCGGAUCACCUGACCUGGAACGGGGCAGGCGAGGAGAAGGAGGGCGUCGCCGACCAAGUGCCUGAAAACGUCUGA